AAUGAUUACACACACUUAACUCAUGCACAGAUACUGAGAUACACACAUACGUAAAAAUGGUUAAAUGCAAAACUUAAAUAAUUGAGCAACUUUGAAAUUAAUUAUAUAUAAAAAAAGCAACUUUUGAAAUUGUUUUCAUUUUCACACCUAUACCUUUCUCUUGCUUUCUUGCACCAAAGCUGUUCAACAGUAACCAAUCUCUCACACUUCUUCUUCUUCUUCUUCCUCUUCAAAAUCUUCAAUCAUGCUCCAUUCUCACUCCUCCUCUUCCUCCUUCUUCUUCUCUUCUCUCUCUAAAUCUCUCCCAUGGGUUACCUCUCUUGCAACGGCGAAUCCGCCGUUGCUAUCUGCGAUCCUUACAACUGGAAUCCUCGUCGACGAUCGAAUCGUCAUCCUCAUAAACUCCGGAUUUUCAAAUACGACGAACUCGCUGCCGCUACAAACGGCUUCUCCGCCGGAAACUUCUUAGGUAAAGGAAGUCACGGCAGAGUUUACAAAGCGGUUCUUGACAACGGAAAGCUUCUCGCUGCCGUCAAGAGAUCAACACUCACCACCACCGUCGGUAGUCAUAAUAAUAACAACAACGUGAGUCAAGCGGACAACGAGAUCGAGAUCCUCACACGAGUUCGUCACCGUUGGAUGGUCAACUUAAUCGGUUACUGCGUUGACCACCGGAGAAAAACGAAGCUGUUAGUCGUUGAUUACAUGCCUAACGGCACGCUUCACGAUCAGUUACAUUCUCGUUGUUCGUUAGAUCCACCCCUUAGUUGGAACCGGAGGACCAAACACGCGCUACAGAUCGCAACUGUUGUUCACGCGCUUCACGUCGCGGAGAAUCCGGUGAUCCACCGCGACAUUAAAUCGUCAAACGUACUCAUCGACGGCGACGGGAACGCUAGGCUAGCCGAUUUCGGAUUAGCGUUGAUCGGAAACGUCGACGACGAGCGUUUGAAAUGUACACCGCCGGCGGGAACGUUGGGGUAUUUAGAUCCGUCGUAUUUAGCGCCGGCGGAUCUAACGGCGAAGACAGAUGUUUUCAGCUUUGGGAUAUUGUUGUUGGAGAUGAUUAGUGGCAGAGAAGCCAUUGAUUUGAAUUAUAGCCCGUCUUGUAUAGUUGAUUGGGCUGUUCCGUUGAUCAAACGCGGCGAAUUCGCGGCGGUUUGUGAUCCGAAGAUUAAGAACCGUCCUUACUCCGCCGUGAUUCGGAAACUGGCGAUUAUGGCGGCGAGGUGUGUAAGAUCGACGGCGAAGAAACGUCCGGAUAUGUUAGAGGUAGUGGAGUGUUUGAAAACGGUGAGGAAGCUAUCUAAGGCUUCUCCAGCGUGGAAUCGUCUGCGGCGGGAGAGUGAAGACAGAUCGGAAAACGUUUUGGCGGUUGAGGAAGAAAAGGAAUUAGAGAAUCAUGUGAGGAUCGUGAGAGGAGGAAGCAGGAAGAACCGUAAGGUAUCGUGUAUGACGAGUGAGGGUAAUGUUAAUGUAUACGAUUACGAGAGAAUAGAACCGGAGGUGCCGUUGCUUUCUCCGCUACCGCCGCAGAUUCGUCGUCGGAAUUUUGUGCUGAGAUCGAGGUCAGUGGGAGCGAAAGUUGGACCGGAUCCGAACGAAGACGUUGGACAUAAGACUGCGGUUACACUGAGAAUUCUUAUCGAGAAAGAGAGACCGGUGAAGACUAUGGCGGCGGUGAGGCUGAGCAAGUCGAGGUCGGUGGGGAUGGUACGUAGUAAUAAAACGGCGUCGGGGAAGAGAUAUUAAAUAUGUCUUAACGAAAAGUCAGCAAUUUUGCCAGACUAAAUUGUUUGACCGUUGCCUGAUUUGUAGUAUUCCACUUCUUUUUUCUAUUUUUGUUUUUUCUUUUGUCUCAUUUUUUUAUUUUAACUAUUUGUUUUUUUUGCUGU